AUGUCAUCAUCCAGCCAGUCAGACCAUGAAGACCAAUCCUCUCGUCGUCAGCUUCAGCAAUCUCGGCGCCCGGAUGUAACUCCAAGUUCUCGAGUCCACUCUAACCAGCGACGCCACAACUCCCGGCGUGCCCCCUACGCCCCUCCUUUGCGUGGGUCACAAGCCAGUUCAGCUUUGGCGAGUCGAAGUGUGACUAACGGGCCUGCAAGACCUGAACAACUUCCGAGUUCUUCACGGCGAGAAGAUAGCCCUUACGUUGAGCGCGGUGGUACUACCAGAACCUACGGGGGACCACGCGGGGGUGUUGGCCGAGCUUGGCCUCCUACCAUAGUCCCAUUUGAAAUUGCCGAAGCUCAUCUCAGCGAUGAUUUUGUUGAUGAUAUGGGUCGCACGUAUGAUCUCCGUGCGCCGUACACAGAAUUUGGAGAAGAGCUCAUUCAGAUCCCUGAACCCCGACAAUAUGCAGUCUUGUUGUACUCGAUUUUGUCUGUCAGACAAUCUGUAGAGUUGCUCAUUCGCGCACGAGAUUUGGCGGGUCCAAUGUCCACAGCAGCCUCUUUGUCUGUCCAGGCGCGGUUGUUCUCAUAUAAUCGUCAUUUUAGAACUUUUGUGCAGAACAGAGCGAAGGAAAUACUCAUGGAUCCUCACUUGGAAGUCUAUUCGUGCGACCCAGUCAAAGGGGGGCCACCGGCCGGACGCAGUCUGCUUGAGCAAACCAUGGAUCAUGUCCGGAUUCAAACCGACGAGUUUAAGAUUGAUUAUUUGCCGGCGGGAUUUUUGGAAAGAGACCCGGCAGCUGAGGCGAGUGUCAACUCCGAGUUGUGA